GCAAGAGGAUGUCAAUGUUUCAAACUUUUAUCAGUGAAAGGCAUUCAAAGAUGUUUGAAGGUUCAUUUAUUAUCAAAGCAUGUACAACUCUAAAAUUUGUAUUCUCCAGAUAGCCAGGAAACAAAGAAAUAACAUGAAAGUAAUUCAGAGAGAAACAACAAACCCACCCCCCUGUGCAAAAAAGAAUUGCAUCCUGAUCAUCAACCCUCCAAAACCUCCCUCAGCCCCCACAGAACAGGAACAUUGAACCCCCCCAAAAAAAACCCCUCCCCUGCACAAAAUACCAAUAGAACAUUGACCCUCAAACACCCUCCUCUCACACAACAAAUGGAAAAUCAAAUGGGUGAUUUAACAAAAGGUGCAGUAUAUAAAAACCAUAGGUCUGAGAAAGUCCACAGUCCAUAAAUGAAAUAGUCCAAUGCAUAAGUGCAGAGCCACAUACCAUCCUAUGCUAUUGCCGACAGUCACCGAAAGAGAUGGACACCACACGAGGCAAGGCCUACCCGCCUGCCACAGCGAGCCACAGAGGAAUAGAACACUCACAGAUUCCUCCUCUGGCACCGAUCAAAAGGCAGGCAGUUGGCGCUGAAACUUUUUGCUCAUUAUAGGUGAUGGAAAUUGUCUUAUGAUGUACUUGUUAGCAUAGUGCAUCAAUUGGAAUCUGAUUAUAUGUGAUACAAAUGAUAAUCAAAUAAUUGUUACAGCAAGGUCAGUUGCUAUGAUGGCUUCAAGUGGAGAAAUCCCAUUGCGCCCAUUUUAUUCCCACACUUUUUUUCCAUUGUCCUUCAAAUUGUUUACCCCACAAAUAUCUGUCUAACUUCUCUCUUGUAGAGCUUUGAUUACAAAGGGUGAUGGAAGUGGAGAGCAAGUUCCAAGUAAACUAGAGCCUUGAGUAAAGGAACUUCUCCUUUUAGCUCUUUGGUUGGAGGUGGGAAGGUAGCAUAGUGGUUAGCAAAACGGUUUACGGUACAGGCAGCCCGGGUUCAUUUCCCGGCACUGCCUGUAAGGAGUUUGUACAUUCUCCCCAUGGCCUUGUGGGUUUCCUCCGGUUUCCUCUGAGGGUCAGAAGACAUAGGCUAAUUGGUCAUUGUAAAUUGUCCUUUGAGUAGGUGAGUAUUAAAUUGAGGAUUGCUAGGCGGCAUGGUUCCAAUGGCCAGAAGGGCCUACUCUGCUAAAUCUCAGUAAAUACAUUUUAAAUAUAUGUAUCAGUCCAUGAACUGUUCAAAUGGAAGUGACUUGCUUCUGCUUUUUCAGAAAAGAUAAAUAUCUAUUCUAAUUUUCUGCACCUGCACCUCCUUUUACUCCACUGCAGUUGGAAGGUACUCUGGUACAAUUUUCUGAGCCUUUUGUUUUCUUAAUAUUGACCCAGGAUAAAUUAGUACAAAAUUGGUCUUCAGUGUAAUUGUUUCUUACUGCACUGCUGUACAGGCUUCAGCUAAUUGCACUUGGAAUGUUGCCUCUGAGGGAAAAAUCAGUAGUGCGGUGCAAAUUUCAGACUGCAUUUCGAUGUAGCUUGCAAUAUCUUUCAAAACUUGAUGUAAUGUUUUAGUGAUAGUAACUGAUUAGUAUGGUUAAUUCAACCUUGAUUUACUUUGGGCUGGGUCAGAUUACACUUGAAACCAUGUCAACAAGUUUAUUUUGAAAAAGGAAAUGAGACCAGCCAUGUAAAUUUAUUUACUCUAAAAGGCAGAAAUAGAAACUUGGUUGUUCACGUGCACGCUUUUUGAAAAUGUCAGGGGAAAUUGGUAGACUUGCAAGAAGUACACGAACAACAGGAAUUCUGCAGAUGCUGGAAAUUCAAGCAACACACAUCAAAGUUGCUGGUGAACGCAGUAGGCCAGGCAGCAUCUCCAGGAAGAGGUGCAGUCGACGUUUCAGGCCGAGAUCCUUCGUCAGGACUAACUGAAGGAAGAGACACAAUGUCAGAAGAACCACCACCUCCAUAUCCUGGGGGACCUUCUGCUCCAUUGCUGGAAGAGAAAUCAGGACAACCACCAUCAACAGGGUAUAUGUCACCUGCUGCUACUACUGCUACCACCAUUCAACCUCAAGGGUAUUCUAUGCCACCUGAUGGUGGACCACCUCCUUAUGAGCCAAUGCCUCAACCGGGAUUUGUGCCCCUUCACACACCUGCAGAAGGUGCCGUGCCAAUGCAACCACAUGGAUACUAUCCAGCUGCUGGACAGUACCCGCCUUCAGGUCCAUUUAUACCCCCUGGCCAUUAUCCACCCCCUCCUGGGCACUAUCCCCCUCAUAGUGGACAAACAGCAACUGUUAUAGUUCCCCCAGGUGCAGCAACAACAGUGACAGUGCUGCAAGGGGAGAUGUUUCAAGCUGCACCAGUCCAGACUGUAUGCCCUCACUGUCAGCAGGCUAUUACGACCAAGAUCACUUAUGAGCUAGGCUUAUUGAAUACGUUAUUCUGCCUCUUCUGCUGUUUUAUGGGGUGUGAUCUGGGCUGCUGCUUAAUCCCAUGUUUGAUAGAUGACCUGAAGGAUGUGAUGCAUACUUGUCCAAACUGUAAAGCUUAUAUAUAUACAUACAAGCGUGUGUGUUAACGCCAAUUCUGGCUCUGUUCAGACCUUAAAAAGAUAAACUUAACAUUAACUUUUUGUUUCUAUUUACACACAUGAUGCAGCAUUGUCUUGUGCUGUCCAACAAACUGUGAAUGCCUUAUCUGCAGAGUAUAUGAUUAAGAUGAAGAUUUAUUAAUGUAUUAAUAUAGUAUCAGUAGAAAGGUUUUCGUCCAAAUUUAAAUCAGAAAACAAUAUUUCAUUGCACUUCAACUUAUGAAAUUCCCAGUAAAGGAAACCCUAUGGCUAGCACCUUUUUAUGAUAUUCAGUUUAAAAUUUUGAGCAAGUUGAAUAUUGAUGUGGAUUAUUGUGCUAAAUAGUGUUUGAGAAUUAAAAGUGACUAUCUAACUUAGGGUAUCUUUCAACGGUCAGCCUUUUGUCCCAAAAUAUUGCCCACUGCUGCAAUAUUUUUGUGAUGUUUAUAUUCAACAUGUACAGUUUAAUAUAAUGUGCUCUAUAGAAAAUACACAUUAAAAUGCACACUUUAAACCCCAGGGAAAAAUGUUUUGUCAUCUGACACAGGUUGCUGCUUAAUGGGAGCACAUGCAUGGAAGUGUUUUGUAAUAUGAUGUGCAUUCAUGUCAUUUAAAUACUUGCAAUCAGUGUCUUUUUUUCCAAAUCUUUCCUGAUACAGACCUAUCAAGUCUGAAUUUCUAAACAGUUGGUAGUUGCUGGGAAAGAUACCAAGCUUAAAAUGAAGGCCAAUUUAAGAAAAAUAUUAUUUAUUUUGAAGAGAUUAAAUGUUUUUAAAGAGCUGUACUAUGGUUUUGAAAGUAUUUUAUUGUUGCAGUUCUAGUUUAGUUUAACAUGAAAAGGUUCUGAGCCAUGAAAGGUGUGUUAUUGUGAUUAUAGUACACUUGCGUCAAUCAAAAUCAUUUUAAUGGAACUUGAAUAGAGGAUAUUUUUUUAAAAAAAUAACAUCACCUGUAAGCUUUCUGUCUAAAUGUGUAGCUUAGAUUUUGUGGAUCCAAAGAAUGUUUUUUUUCCAGAUUUGAGGAAUAUUGUCUGUUAAGGAUGAC